AGAAAUUCUAAGUCAUACCUACCAUCAAACCAAAACUAAAAGCAGAACGAUAUCCACCACAUUAAACCAACCCCCACCAUGUCAAGCUUCCUGCACAAAGCCGAAGACGCCCUGCAUCUGCAUCACAACAAGCACCCCUCCCAGGACCACGACCACCACCACGCUCAAGCACCCGAGCAGCCACAGCAACACCAUCACCACCCACAACAACAACCCCACGACCCCAGGGCCCCUGCGCCGCCAGCCGUAGCUCACGAAGGCACCCACCACGACCACAGCCACCACGGCAAACGCGAGUCCCACCACCCCAGCCCCGCCGAGAUCGCCCGCGCGGAUUUCAUGGCCGACCGGCAGUACGACCGGAUCUUGAAGUCGCCGGACCACGGCGCGGGGAUCGGGUUUGAGAUGUGAGAAUCUGGUCAAGACAGAGAUGUAGGAGGAUUGGCCAUCGGCAAUGAAAGCGAGUCUUUGAGUGUGGAAAUAUGAAUAAUGGA